AAAGAUGAAAGUUAUCUACUUGUUGGUUGUAUUCCUAAUUUUCGCUCUAAGCGAACUAGCUGCGGGCCAGUCAUCUGCUGAAUUGGCAGCCUACAAGCAAAUGCAACAGGCCUGCAUCAAGGAGCUGAAUAUCGCUGCUAGUGAUGCCAAUUUGCUGACCACCGACAAGGCGGUGGCCAAUCCCUCGGAGUCGGUGAAAUGCUAUCACAGCUGCGUCUACAAGAAACUGGGCCUCCUGGCUGACGAUGGCAAGCCCAAUACCGAUAAGAUCCUCAAGUUUGCUCAGCUCCGUUUCAGCAGUCUGGCGAUGGAUAAGCUAAAGGCUUUGCUUACCAGCUGCGGAGCCACAAAGUCGGCCACUACCUGUGACUUUGUCUACAACUAUGAAAAGUGUGUAGUCAAGGGUAUUAGUGCCUAA